CAUAAACAUAACCGCAACUUUGCAAUAUUACCGCAAUUAAAGUAUAUAGUAAAAGUGCAAAAAAUUUUUAAUAAUUUUACAAUUAUAAUUUAUCAAAAAUUUUCCUUUUUUUACAGUGUACAAUUUUGUCAGUCAAAUGACAUAUGUGAAUGUGUGGUGUUUUAUGUAUAUUUAAAAAAAAAGUAUUUAAAAUCUUUUGUAAUUAAAAAUGAAAUGACAUUUUGUGUAAUUAAUUAAAUUUGCACUCAAUUAUAUUUUUUUUAUAUCAAAAAAGUGCACAACUAACAGUGAUGUUCUUCCGAGUCUAAGGUUGAUAAAUAUUAGAGAAAUCUAAUUUAAAGGAUGUUCCAAUAUUUUAAAAUUCACUAUGUUUAAAUUAGAAUCGUAUAUAACUCCAGUAAUAUUGAGUUACGUGGAAAAAUAUGUUAAAAACUUCAAGCCAGAACAAUCGCAGGUAUCCUUAUGGGGUGGAGAUGCAUCUUUUCAGAAUCUUGAUUUGCGAUUAGAAGUAUUAGAAGAACAAUUAAAUCUUCCAUUUAGCCUCGUCAGUGGACAUAUCCAUGAAUUAUUAAUUCAUGUACCGUGGGUUAAAAUUACAUCGGAACCCAUUGUUGUCACUAUUAAUACAAUUGAGUGCAUUUUAAAACUUAAGGAUGAGUCUCACAGCGACAAUUCUUCUACAUAUUCUCAAAAAAGACAAAGCGAAGUUGUUCAGGAAGAAACACCACCUGGAUAUAUUAAAAGUAUUGUAACGAAAGUUAUAAAUAAUAUAACAAUAAUUUGUAAUAAUUUAAUAUUAAAAUACGUUGAAGAAGACAUUGUUCUCAGUAUUAAUGUUCGAUAUUUGAGCAUGCAAACUGUUAACAACAAAUGGGAACCGGCAUUUACAGACGUCAGUAGCUAUGAAGUUAUGUUGCAAAAACUUAUAACUAUUCAGGAUUUGACUCUCUGUUUGGAUAAAAUGGAUACUUCGGGAAAAAUAGAAAUUUAUCAAGAUCCUGUAUUAUAUAGAUGUUCAAUGGUAAUUCGAAUGAUAAUGAAUUAUCAUAGUAACACAUCGAAACGAGCUUCAGUCACGAGAUUAGAUCUUCACUGUGAAAAAAUGGAAUUCAGCACAACUGAACAGCAAGUACCAAUGCUAUUAAGAUUAACAGCUCUAUUAAUGGCAUUGAAAACAAAACAAUUUCCUGAAAAGAAAGACAAAUCUUCGACUUCUGCUGAUGAUAAAGAAAAUAUUAUUCAAGAAGAUUCUAAUUCAGGACCUGGAACAUCAACCGAAGCUGUCGGUUGGGGUGGAUGGGCAUGGAACACAAUGUCUUCUAUUUUUCCAGUUGCUUGGGAUAAUGAAUGGUCAAAUGAACAGGCAAUGACUUUUGCUGGACACACAGUACAUCUUGGAAUUUAUAUAGAUGAUGCAACACUAACUUUCAAGGUCACAGAGAGUAUCAAGGAACAAUUAUUUUACAAGCCACGAAAAAUCAAGUACAAAUCAUUUCUAUCUUUAAGAUUCACUGGCGCUGUACUUGAUGCUUUAUUUCAAGGUGUAUCAAUGACUAAUUUUCAAAUGGGAUUUGGAAGUAUACAUGUGUAUCCUAGAGGUUCUUGUAGUUGUGGUCAUUCCGAAGUUAUUGACGGAGUCAGGCCUCCUCUGUACUUAAUGGUUGGAAAAUCAACCAUUGAUCAUUUGAAAGACACACUUUUUGAUGAUGAAGCUGUAGAAAAUAAAGGCAAAAAGAGAAUUUAUAAACAUGGAAUUGACAAUCAUCUUUCUGCUUAUCCAGUGGAGAAAAUGCUAGAGAGAUGUCCAGCAUUUAUGAUUGAUUAUGCUCAUCACAUGGAACUAUCAGAAGAUGUUACUCCUGAGGAUUUAUUAGAAUUUGGAUCAAAUUUUGAAUACAGCAAUUUCCCAGAACAUAGAGUGGUGAGAUUUGCCAUUGGUGAUUUAAUGAUUCGCUUGAGUUCUGGAGUAUUUCAUCGUGCUGAUACAAUAAUUCAAGCAGCUUCAAAAUAUGAUUAUGCCCCAUACGUUGUACCGAAGCCAGAGCCAACUAUUGAUGAAUUACCACCAGUAACUGUAGAAGAAUAUGAAGCAUUAAGAGAAAAUAUUUCCAAAAUGGAAAUCAAAUUAUUUAUGAUUAAAGGGGCAAUUCAAUUGCAAUUGGCCGAUCAUCGAAUCACGGGUUUGCAAAGACAACGAAAAUACGUCGAGUCUCGAACGGAACCAUUAACGCCAGCUCUCUCAGACGAUCCUUAUACAACUAUUGAAUGGGAUGAGAUAAAAAUUGAAGUGAAAGAGCCAAUCUAUCCAUUUAGAGUGGCAGCGUGUGCUUCUAAACAAACUGAUCUACCUCAAGAUAUGUUUAAUCAAUGUCAUAGAGAAGUUAAAGGACUGAUGCAGGGACUAAAUUUUCAACUUUUUUUAAAACCCACUUGCCAUACGUCAAUAAUAAUGCCUUGUACAGUUAAUUGUAAUGCAACAAUUUUACUUUACCGUCAAUAUUGGACGAGUUCAGAUAUAAUUCAUGGUUCCUAUAAUUUUGAAGUGGAUGGAAUCACAAUAACUGGCACAAAAUCAAAAAUUAUGGUUGCAAGUUCUAUAAUUUCAUCAAUUUUUCAACCAGACGAUACAACAAAUGCUCUUGUAUGUUCAUCUCUCUUUGACGACGCUUGCAAUGAAAAGAGGCCAACCUAUCUUGAACUGUGUUUAGAAAAUAUAAAUUUUCGAAAUAUCAAGUCACUGGCAGUUCAGUCCACUAAUGUUAAUAUAGGCUCUGUUAAAAUUUUUGCUCACAAUGAAACCGAUCAAGCUUUCAUUCUUUCGGGUCCAGAAAUAGAAGAUCAACGAAAUUUGGAGUGUAAUUCUCUUUUAUCGGCUGUGAUACAAUAUUCCAAAGAUUCGAAAAAUCAAAGAUUCCCAACUGUCAUGUCAUUCCAUGUAGGACCAGUAAAAGGAUGUCUCGAUCCUUUACUGUUACAAUGGCUAGAGUAUCGUGUUAAAUAUUAUAAAUUAGAUACUCUCUAUUCAGCGAAACAAGAAACAAGGCAACAAUCUUCUGAACGCUCAUCAAAUACUGGAAGUAAGAAACGAAAAUUUCCUAGUCUACAUGAAAGUGUUCAUAGUUCGUCGGAUAAAGAAAAGAGGAAACAUGAUGAAUUAACGGAAAAAUCGCCCACUAUUUAUAAAAUUAAUGAGACUGAAAAAAAUCAACCAAGUAACGAAAGUACCAAACAAGAGAAUUUAGAGAAACCAAAAUUAUUGGAAAGAUUAAUCGAUCUUUAUCCUUGGUGGCAUGGCCUUGUAUUAAGUGGAUAUGUCGGACAUAUUACCAUUUACAUACCAACUAAUACAAUGAGUGGAAUCGAUGCCAAUGGUAUCGAAGAGGCAAAAGAUCGAGCAAUACGAAAUAAUGAAAAUCUACAAGUGUUGGUGGUAAAAAUGCCAAUGUUAAUUAUUAAUUCAGCCGGUGCUCAAGCUGAUAUUUUGAAUCAAUAUCUCCAAGAUUUGCCAAUUGUUUUACCAAAAUCGAUAUGGACAUACAAACAUCAAAGUUUUCCCUGGAAAUUAGAAAUUUUAGAUUUUCAAUGUUACACUCUUAAACAAGGUGAAAGGAAAAAUUUUAUUAAACAAGUUUCCUUUAAUGCAACAAUAGCAUUAACAACAAAAUUUAAUUCAUCCGAAUCAAAUAUUAAACUUUCAUCGAUGCAAUUAUCGAUUUAUAUCGAUACAACGCCAAUUAUUAUUUCAGCAUCAGAGGAGCAGAUAACUUUUUUAAGAGAUAUAAUAACGAAUAUUUCAAAAACAAUACAAAAUAUCAUUGAAAUGAAGAAAAAUAUUUACACUUCAUCGACACUUAUGAAAAAUGAUCAAGAAUCUCUUCUUAUUAUGCCAUCUCCUUCAAGUCCAUCACAAUUUGCAUAUCCAGAAGAUACAACUACAACAUCAACAAUGUCUGUAUCGAAAGAUAAUUUAAAUCAAGAAAAAAAUGGAUUAGUUUUGUCCGCGUGGGUUCAGUGGACAAUAACAAAAGUUAUAUUUAAAUUUUACACAUCUCAACAACCAGAUUAUGCUCUUUUAAAAUUAGUUUUGGAAUUAGAAGACAUCAUAACUUCAGCAGAUAUACAACCUGUUUAUUUUAAAUUGGUUCAUAAAAUAACAACUGCCACUAUUUUCCAUUAUUCAAGAUCUUUAAAUAAUCGAAAUUGGGAUUUUGGUGAAUAUGUUGGUUUAUUGAUGUGUGGACGAGAAGAUAAUUUUGAAAAAGGUGAAGACACUGGAUUUUUAAAUUUCACUUUAACAAAAGCAAAAUUGGGAAAUGUUCAUACUCGCUGGGGUGCCAACAAACAGUAUAAGUCUCAUAAGAAAGACUUUCGAGCUGAAGAAAUGAAGCUUUCAGGUAGUUAUAUAACAGAAGUGGACGUAAAGAUUCAAAUGUUGGAUCUUAUUUUACCGCCUAGUGUAAUGGGAAAAUUUGUACAAUUAGUUAAACCAUUUUUAAAUUUUCAUGAUAAUGUCACAUUGAAUUCAAGUUUACAAGAAAACACUAUCAUUCCACCUUUAAUUGGUAUCACAAAAUUAAGAAAUGAGACACUUCCACUUGUUUAUUUGGAUUUUAAAGGAAUUCGUCUAAUGCUACCAGUUUCAACGACAAUUGUGCAAGGAUUACAGCACGAUCUUUUAAUGUUUCAGUUAGAUGGUAUUAAAAUUUCGCCUCGGGCAGAAAAUCCUAUUUGUAGAAUUCCAUUGCGAAUGGAUGUUUAUCAACUUGCGGCGCAAGCAAAUAUUUUAAAUAUUCCAGGUUCUGCUGUUGAGGAUAGACAAUAUCAAAUUAAUGUUAAUGGAAUUUCCACUUAUACAACUACUUGGAAAAAUUAUCAACAAAGUAUAACGAAGAGAAUGUCUCAAUCUUAUCUUUACACAAUGCAUGAAAAUCCAGCUGUUGAAUGGAAUAAAUUAGGAAAUGGAAGCAGUUUAGAACUUCAUUUUUCUACUUUUCCCAUAAUAACAAGAUUUGACCUGUGUAUUAUAAUUGCACCAACUAUUAUAUUUGAACCGAAAAUAAUUGUAUGUGGAAGCGCUGUCGAAAUAAAUUGUCUCACUGACAUUGAUGUGACAAUGAAUUUACAUCAAAUACGUCUUUUAUCUGCUCUUCAUGCUGAAUUUAAUAAUUUAUUUUCUAAUCUCUGCAAACCAACUGUUUCUCAUGUUUCUGUUGAAAUUGCAAAGUCUUGUUCAAUAAAUACUAAAUCUUCACCUCGCAAAAUUAAUGAAGCAAAUGAAUCAGAAGUUGAUUUGUCAUUUGAUUUUGAAACUGCCAGCAUGAAUUCAACAAGUAUUGGAAAACCUCUUGUACAAGGAGUCGUUACGCUUCCUCCUUUUGAAUUUUUAGUAAACUGUGGAAAAAUCACAUUUAUAUUUUAUGAAUUACAAAAGACAAUUGAUAAUCUCUAUUCAUCUGAGGAUGAAGAUAAUUUUGAAGACGAUAACAGUCAAUAUAAGCAGCUUUUAUUUUAUUUUAUGAUUGAUCAACCAAAUUUGUACAUCUCUCAACAGCAUUUAACCCAAAAGAUUCAGUUUUCCUGUUUCGAUAUGGCAAUUUCAUUGGGAAAUGAAGAGCGUCGAGAUUAUACUUCAAUGCCAACAAGUGAAGAUUUUAAAGUAUUUAUAAUUCAAGUAAAAAGUGGAGAACGUCAUCCAGAUACUGGAAUUCCACCUUCCUUUAUUACAAUAAAAUGUGAAACAUUACCAGGAAAAAGUCCACAAUUCUUUCUCGAUAUGAGUCGUCCAACUAAAAUAUAUUUUUCUCUUGAGAGACAAAAAAAAGUUAAUUCCAUCAUUGACAAGGUAAAAGAGUGUUUCGUAGAAGAUCAAAGUAUCAUAAAAUUAUCCACCAAGUCUUCCAGCGAUUUGAGUAAUAUUCCCCAGGAAUCAUCACCUCGUUCCAUUAAAUAUACAAUACCUGAUUUUAAUCUUAUUACAAAACAAAUUGUAUUUUCAUUCACAUCUGAAUCAGGAGCGGAAAUAAUAAUUAGUUUAGCUUCAUUGGCUGGAAGCGUAUUAAAUGUUAUAAGACCCGAAAGAAUCUAUGGAAAUGUGACAUUAGAUUCAUUUGUAAUAUCGGGCUCGUUUCGUGAUAAUAUGAAAGUUAUUUUAAAUCCAUGGUGCUGUAAUGUGACAAUAUGUUUACUAUGGGAAUCAUGGCAAGAUGCAAAUUCAUUUCCUCAAAUUCAAAUACAAGCCGACAGCGAUAGUAUUCAUUUGAAUUGUGGUCCACAACAUUUACAAAUAAUUAAAACUGUUUUACUUGAUUUACAAGAAUUUUUCAAUCGAAACACUUGUCAAUCAUCAGAUUAUAAAGCUCAACAGAAAAAUUCAUCAUCAUCAUCAUCGUCGUCGACAAUUACUGAACAACAUUAUAAAGAUGAUUUAAAAUCGGGUGUCUUUCAAUUUGUGGAUGGUACCGCCGAUGAUCUUCCAUUGCCUUAUCAGGUUGUAUUUUUUACAUUCCCUCAACAAGCAAUGGCUUGGAGAUAUCCACAUCCUCGAGCUCUAACAAGAAUACAUGUUUCUCCUGUUCCAUUUGAGGCGUGGAGUGAGGAUGACACCGAAGAUCGAAUUCACUGUGUUAUUGAAUAUUGGAGUGAGAGCCAAAGUGUUUAUAAAAAAUAUGUAGAAUUCUAUUUAUCCGAGACGGACAGCUAUCGUUUAGAUUUACCUGAUAAAACGCCAGCACGUGCAGUUGCAAGUGUUUGGAGAAUUGUUUUGGGAUCAUCGAAUUCAUCAUCAAUUUCAAAAACUCUUGUUCCAACUCGUGCAUUAAUUGCCUGUUUACGAAUUGAUUCUUAUUUUAAUUCCCUCAUCAUUCCAAAUAUACAGGCAGCAUUGAAUGUUAGUUCAAUUAAUUUAGCCCUCUAUAAUUAUAUUUCACCAAAUGCUUACGAUAAACUUCCACCGCCUCUCACUGAAUAUACACUAAAUGGUAUGAUUCCUGAAAUGCAAUGUUUCAUGUGUGUUGAGCACAAGGAAGCUGUUUUUAUUUUCAAUAAAUGGCACGAUGAUUCGGCACUUAUUGAUGUCAGUGGAAUAAUUCGUGUUCAUAUUUUGGAUUAUGGCCUAUUAAUACUUCAAGAGGUCAUUGACAAUAUGUAUGAAAAAUUACAAAUAUCAAUUAGUGAGAAAAUUGACAUUUCAAUGACAUGCAAUCCAUUUUCAUUGAAAUUAAGUCCAGCGCUAAGUCACACAUUGGCAGUGUCUGCAAAUUUAUGGUCAAUUGCUCUUGAUGAUGAAAAUAAAUUGGCAAUUAUUAUCACACGUUUUAUAAUUGCAAACGAUUGUAAUAUUUCAAUUCGUUUUGGACAAAAUGACACUGACGAUAAUAUUUUAUUGAAAAGUAGAGAAUGUUAUUUUUAUUCAUGGCGACAUGCAAAUAAUCAAUCAUUAAGAAUAUCAUUGGAGGAUAAUAAUAAUUGGAUUUGGAGUAAAUCAUUUGCUGUCAAUAGAGAUGGUGUGCAAAAUGUUGAUUUUGGAAAUUCAUCGGAUAUUUUAAUUUCCAUUAGUGUUACAUCAAUAUCAGCUACACAAAAAUUGGUUACAUUCGCGGGACAAUUUAUCAUUACAAAUCAAUUGACAGAUUGUUUUCAAAUGAAAUUAGUUAAAUAUGAAUUGCAAUCAAAGGAAAAAUCAGGAACAUUUCAGGAUUUAUAUUUUGUACCGGGAAAAAGUCAACCCUCAUCAAUUGUCUUGGGCGAUAAUUCAAAUAUGACAAUGCGUUUAAGAUUUUCGAGUAUUCCAAAUCUUUCAUGGACUGGUGAUAUUCCAUUGCAACCAAAUACCAAAUGGGGUCAACCUUGGUUGGUUAAAGUGCCUUUACAAGAAAGAGGUCAAUUUAUCAGUAUUUGGGUACGAAUAGUAAAAGAAGAAGACAAGGGAAAAUCUAAAAUUCUCGCUGUGUUGAGUCCUUUGUACAUGAUUCGAUCAUUUUUACCAGUUCCUGCUAAGGUUCAAAUUGAAACUCCUUCUUUAAAAGGAUUAAUUCACACGACUGUCAAAGGUCGAGGAGAAAAACAACAAUUAUAUUGUCCUGGUACUUUCGAACAUUUUCAUCAACUCACUUUUCAAUUAGAAAGUGGAGUUUCAGCAUCGAAUCCAUAUGUUCCAUUGUCCUACAGUUCUGUGGAUCAAAGAAUAUUUUUUAAGAGACCUGAGAAAGAAAAUAUACAAGAAAUUUUAAAAGCAUUAGAAUCAUCGAAAAAUGAAUUGCAAUGGCCUUUUCAAAAUGAUGAAAUUUUUGAAUGGAUCGCUGCUGAACAACCUCAGACGCACGUUCAAGUAAAAUAUCAAGAUGCUGGAUUAGUCUCAAGUACAUUGCUUUUGGAAUUGCAACCUUGGUGUUUCAUUUUAAAUUCAUCCGGUUGCCAUAUUUCCCUAGUGGCUGAGGACGUUGAACUUUGUUCUUUACCACAUUUUGGAAUUGUUGCUCCUCCUAAAUUAGAGGGUACAUUUAAUUUGGGUGUUGGAAUUGGAGAUACAUAUUAUACAUCUUCCGCUCUUCAACUAUCUCGACCUGAUUGGAGUCAAAGUUUUUAUAUGCCCAAAAUUGGCGGAUUAAUUCCGCUCGAAGGAAAUAUGAAAACUUACAUUGAUUGUGGUUCAAGUGUUUGCAUUUUAAAUAUCAAAAGUUCCAUGCUUGAAGAUAUGCGUUUUGUACGAAUUUGUAGCAGUUAUGUCAUUGGAAAUAUGACGAGUCAAGAAUUAUGUGUAGCUACUUUGGCUGUUUCUGAAGAUUUAACUAAUUUUCAAUUGCCAUAUGAUCUCACACCUUAUAGUAUAAAUAUUUUACCAACGGAAGAUCAAAAGCAAGCGAUGCCAAUAACACAGUGGCAUUUAAUUGAUUCAUCAAAUUUCGAUUCAGUUGUUUUGUACGUAUCAUUUAGUUUGGGCCAUCAAUGGUCUUGUCCCGUAAGAGUUGAUCAAAAUAUCAAUCGAAAAACUGUUGCUGUUCCGAAUGAUUAUUCAACUGUACCAGUUGUUGUCACAACACAAGAAGAUAAAGGAACAAUGUACAUUUUAAUUCAUCCAGAUGAACAUCCUCAAUUGAUGAUCGAUAAUGCUUGCUUUUUUAAAAUUUUCAUCGGCGAAGCAAAUGAAACUGCAGACGGAAUUGUGCAAGACACUCAACAUUUUUCUUGGAUGUGUAAAAUUGAAAGUGGAAGUUUGUGUCAUUAUACAGUACCGACAAUUGCUAAUAGAAUGCCAGAUUCUUCACCCACAAAUGUCAGUUCAAUUUUAUUGUUUUCAACACCUCCCACUGAGGAUGAUGAUUUCAGUGAAAAAGAUAAUAAAUCUUUAAGAUGGUCUCGUGGUAUAAGUUUGUCUCCGUCAAUUAAUGAAACAUCGGAGCAAUUUGUUCGACUUCCUUAUUAUGGAGAUGUCAAAGUAAUCAUGCAAACUCGAUGUUAUACAACCUAUUUACAUAUUGGUCCUAUUUCACAAGUGGAAGUAUCAGCGCGAGAUAUUCGAAGUAAAUUGUGUAAGACAACUAAUUAUAAAUUGCAAGAAACUGAAGUAAUUUAUAACCGUACGCUAUCGAUACGAGAAGAAGAAAAGGACUUGGAAAAUGUACAAAAUUCAGAAAGUUCCACUUCAGUGACAAGUUUCUUCUCAGCUGAAGACGAUAAUUUGUGCACAGGUUUAUCAUUGAAGAAUACAAAAGAAUUAAGUGUUAAUUUAAAAUCAAAUGUAAAAUCACGUCCAAAUUAUGAUACUUUAAAAACUCUUGAAAGGCCAAAUGAAAUUAACAAACCAAAUGGUUUUGCAAUAAUUCAUUUUCAAGGAAUUACCAUAAUUGUGAUGCACGAUAUUAAUGAAAAUGGACAAAGAACUGAAGUCGCGAGUUUAUCAAUGAACGAUACAAUUCUUUCAAUUGAUUCAAGACAAAAUCUCAUGGAUAUGAAUAUUUAUAUUGGCGAUUUACAAUUUGACAAUCAAAUGUUUGAGCAGGGUGGUUAUGAUUUUCCAGUGGUAUUAAUAAGCCAAAAAACACCCAUUAAAAAGGAGAAAAUUUUUUACUUCAGCAAUUGUUUAAAGAGCAAUUUACAACAUAUUACUCAGGGUUCUUUAGUGACAAUUAUUUUAAAUUUUGAAUUCGAUGGAGGAAAAAGAGCUUGUAAAGAAUUUCGUGCAAAAUUAGCGCCAAUUAGUGCAUACAUCGAAGACACUUAUGUUAGUCAAUUAUUGGAUUAUGCGGCAGCAUUAAUGCCACCUUGUUUUAUUAAUUUAGAUGGGGGAAAAAAAAUUCAAGAAUUAACUGGAGCAUCAAAUGUGUACAUACCAGAUUAUAUAAUGAUUGAUGCAAAAAUUUUAAGUUCACCAUUAAGAUUACAAAUUUUUACUAUUGAACCAUUAUCAAUUUUAUUAAGUGUACAUACUUCGGUGCAUCUUUAUGUUGCACUAGAUCAUUCGCCAUUGUAUUUUAAUGUAUUUGAAAAGAAGAAUUUCUUGACAACACCUUACAGAUUGGGAAAUGCACUUACCAUGCAUUAUUUAUCUGGAGCCAUAUUUGGAGCAGGAUGGGUUGUUGGCUCUUUGGAAAUUUUAGGAUCUCCAGGUGGAUUAGCACAAGCAUUGGGUUCUGGUCUUAAAGAUUUUAUUGCAUUGCCUUUCCAAGGAUUAUUACAAGGACCUUGGGGUUUUAUUGUUGGCAUAACACAUGGAUCUGCUAGUCUUAUGAGGCAUAUUACAGCAGGUACGGUAAAUUCGGUCACUAAAUUAGCAUCGAGUGUCGCUCGUAAUUUGGAUCGAUUGACACUAGAUGAAGAACAUCUUCAACGACAAGAGGAAGCAAGAAGAGUGAGACCACAGGGAAUGGCUCAAGGACUUUAUCAGGGUCUCACUGGAUUUGGAAUGAGUCUUCUUGCCGCUGUUGCGGGUUUGGCACAUCAUCCACUUCAACAAGUUUGGUCUGGAGAAUCGACAACAAUGGGUCUUGUUACCGGUGUGGGUUUAGGACUCGUUGGAGUAGUUACUAAACCUUUAAGUGGAGCUGCUGAAUUAGUUGCUCGAACCGGACAAGGUCUUUUACAAGGUGCAGGAUGGAAUUCUUUGCCAUCGCCUCGACAGAGACCAAUUGUGCAAUAUUCUACGCCUGGUUGUAAUGCUGCUUCAUUGCGAUAUGUUUGGCGAUUAAUGCCACUUUUGGCAAAAAGUGGAGACAGCAUUUUACAUGUGGCGAGUGCUGAUCAUGUUGUUCAUCAGGGCAGUAAUCGUGCUGUGAUAUUGGUCCUCACAAGACAAGCACUAUUACUAGUAAAUGUCGACGAAGAUAGUGUAGAAAAAAUAUUCUCCCUAAAAGAAUUAAUUGGUGCUGAUCAUCCAUCUGAUUCGACGAUGUUACGUUUAUUUUGCCCAUCACCUGUUACUCAUCCAACGAGAAAUAUUUCUCCAAUGGAACAUACUGAGAUGAAUCAAGAAAUGAGAGCAAGAGUUGCCGAAUUUUUGCGAACGAGCAGUACGGGUAUCGCUAGUUUAUCAACAAAUAGCGAUUCACAAUCAGAUACGCACAAAACAAUAUUACCGCCACCAGAAAGUAGCCUAACGUUUUAUGUUAGUCCUGAUUCGCGCAAUUAUUUGCUAACAGUAUUCAAUGUUGCAAAAAAACAAAACCAAGGCAGUGGCUUUAAUGUUUUGUAAAAUGUUAAAUUAUAUACAUAUAUAUAUAUUUAUGGAAUGAUAUAAAUUAUAUUUGAUAAAAUUUUUAAAAA